UUAAUUAAUGUGCACCUUUUGGCACUGACGAGUUAUGACUUCCUUCUCAAUUAUAUUUUAUCUAAAUCUGUGCAAAAUUUCAUGUAGUUCCGAGACAUGGGUCACAGAAGUUGAUUUCUAGACACAUUUUUGAUGCUCGGCCCACAGCCUGUUUCAUUUCAUAGAAACAUAGAAAAUAGGUGCAGGAGUAGGCCAUUCGGCCCUUCGAGCCUGCACUGCCAUUCGAUAUGAUCAUGGCUGAUCAUCCAACUCGGUAUCCCAUCCCUGCCUUCUCUCCAUACCCCCUGAUCCCUUUAGCCACAAGGGCCACAUCUAACUCCCUCUUAAAUAUAGCCAAUGAACUGGCCUCAACUACCUUCUGUGGCAGAGAAUUCCACAGAUUCUCCACUCUCUGUAAAAAAAAAUGAUUUUCUCAUCUUGGUCAUAAAAGACUUCCCUCUUAUCCUUAAACUGUUUCCCCUAGUUAAUGGACUUCCCCAACAUCUGGAAUAAUCUUCCUGCAUCUAGCCUGUCCAACCCCUUAAGAAUUUUGUAAGUUUCUAUAAGAUCCCCCCACAAUCUUCUGAAUUCCAGCGUGUACAAUCCGAGUCUAUCCAGUCUUUCUUCAUAUGAAAGUCCUGCCAUCCCAGGAAUCAGUCUGGUGACAGUCAAGUAAUAAUCACCCCAAAACGAAUGAAAUAUGUCCUGUAUCCAUUUAUUAAUAAAUAGCAUGAAUUGAGAAAUUUGUGGAGGAAUUUCUUUAGCCAGAGGAUGUUGAAUCUGUGGAAUUCUUUGCCACAGGCGGCAGUGGAGGCCAAGUUAUUUGGUAUUUUUAAGGCAGAGAUUAACAGAUUCUUGAUUAGUACGGAUGUUAAGGGUUAUGGGAGAAGUCGGGAGAAUGAGAGGGAAAGAUAUGUCGGCCAUGAUUGAAUGGCGGAGUAGACUUGAUGGGCCGAAUGGCCCAAUUCUGCUCCAUUGACUUAUGAACUUUGAAAUAUUAUUAAUACUGGCUUGAUAAAUAUACGGGAGAGUAGCGUUUUCACGGGGGGCCAUCUGUAGUCCAGGGAACUCCCUGAGGUAGACAGAACAAUUGGAUUGUUUUCCUCCAGACAGUUGAACUAGGAAACUGCCACGGCUAAUACAACAUCAAUACUCAUCAACAGGCAGAUGAGUGUUUCCCCAUAUUUUACAUUUAUCUGCCCGACAUGUUGAAAAUAGUAUAAAUGUAAACAUUAACUCAAAGAUUUAGUUAAAUGUAUUUCUAAAUUACUGUAUAAAUGUUAUGGUCAUUUGUCUUUUAAAUGCUGUGUCUUCAGGUAUCUUGAAAGUUUUGUAUAGAUUUAAUGUUUUUCUUUACCAACAUUUGUGAAAUUCUGAGUCAUCUUUCCAUCAAAAUGGAUGUUUUUUCAGACUUAACUACGGAAGGUCCAUGGAUGUGAUGUAGUCAAACCCUUCUGCCAAAAUGUCAACGAGUCAGAAUGUAAUUGAUUAUGCUAAAAAAGUUCAUUUUCAAGGAGCAAAUGUUAAUCUGUUUCCAUCAGAGAAAUCCCAGGUUGUUCAAAUAGAACUUGAGAAAGUGGACCAUAUUCCAUAUGGUACGAUACAUCUCUCUGAAGCUGGACUGCAAAACCAGCUGUCAUCAGAUGUAGAGGAACCAGUUGGUCCACAAAAGACCAGCAACAUUUUUAAUGCCCUUGGUCUUUCAUCUAAGGACCUGGAUGAGGUGGGGAGCUAUCCUAAAGACAAGCUUACACUUGAUUCUUUGCCAAAGAUACUUAAGCAGAUUAAAAAGAAAAGAGCAUCUAUGAAAUACUGUUCUCCGCAACAAAGCCUUUCCAACAGGACUCUGUGUGAGGAUGGAAUUGGAGAAAGGAAGUCAACAGAAAGAAAUUUUGAAAGUCAGGAGAUGAUGCGCAAACCUCUGGUCAAUUAUGGUUAUAAUCUAUCCUCUGGAGACUCAAGUGCAGGAUCUGAAUAUGAAGGAAAAUGCGGCGAGGCCUUUCAUAAAAAAGAAAGACAUUUUUCUGAAUCACCACAUCAUUCAAAUAAGUUUGAUUCCGAUUCUGAAACGGAAUCUGAUGAGGAAGUGAUUGAUUCGCCAUGUGCAGAAGAGCAAUCCGUCCUUGAGAAAAAGCGGAAAACACCGAUUCUACAAAACAUAAAGGAUUUCCUUGGUUGUUUGCCUAUGGUACUGCCACACUGUUGUUCACUCUGUGACAAAGCAAUUGAUACACUGCAGGAUUGGAAUGAGCAUAUGAAUGAGCCGUUACACAAGCUACGCUGCCUGUUACUACAGAGAGUCUACCCGGACUGGGUUCCAGGUGAAUUACCUGCUACAAGGGAAAAUCUGGUUGAAAAAGGCACAGUUACAACUGUUGUAACCAAAAAAAAGGAGAAAAUGAAAAGAAAUGCAGAUAUUCCUAUGCCAAGCAAACGAGAACACCUGAGAGACACACGCAGUAGGAUUGUGGGUCUUGGCAAUCUGCCUUCCUCUGGCUUUUCAGAUUUUGAUACUGUGAGACUUGGUUCAUCGUUUGGGAAAGUGCUCAAGUAUUUAAAAGUGGGGGAAAAGGCUUUCUUGAAAAUGGAUUCAGAAAUGGCCUGCAAUAACAUAAUCAAACACUUCAGGAAGAAGCCUUUGUUCUACGGUAGAUUACUGACGGCAGAUAUAUCCUCCGCUCAAAUUCAACCAUUGUUAAAGAAACCUUCUGCAAAGAUCGAAGAAAUGUUAAAUAAAGUAAAUUUGGCAGAUAUCAGUGCAAAAGAAUGCUUUCUUGGCCCUAUCUUGAAAGAAAAACCUGAUGAUUUGAAGAAGUGCCUUGCAUCUGAGAGAGAAAGGAGCUCUGAGAGGGAAGAGUCAGGGAGCUCUGACUGCAGUGAAGCAACAGAGUGGAGGAGCAUUGGAGGCGAGGAGAGAGGUCAACAAAGGGUGUACAGUCAUGAACCCAUGGAGCACCAAGGAUACAUGAGGACACUGCAGAGGGAUGACCUUGAACUACUAGUGCAGAGGAAUAGCCUUGCAAGUAGUGAGCAGUGGCAGAGCUGUGAGAGAGGGUGCAGGAAUAGUCAUGAAAGAGGUGGCAUUGAGAUAAAUCGGAGAAACUCUGGUGAAAGAAGAGACCAUGAGAACAGAGGUGAGAUGAGGGAAUGGAGAGCCGGUAGUGAGAGAGGAGAACAAAGAGGAUUCAGUGAAAGUGGGCUCCAGGGAGGCAGCAGCGAGAGAAUCAAGUGGGCAGGCAGUAGCCAGAGAGUGGAGGGGACAUGGGGACUACAUCUCUGA